AUGAAAAAUAUUUGCUUAAUAUUUUGCUUGCUUUGCCAAAUUAUCAAUCCAAGCGUAUUUGCCCUAGAAUAUAGUCUUCGUUCAGUAAUUCCUUAAAAAGAGUAAAGAAAUCUAUAAAGUAGUUAGACAAAUUCAAAUUAAAAUUGUUAAGUUUAAGAUUAAGUACUUCCUUAAUAUUGUAUAAAAUGCAUCGACUUAUUCUUACUUCCUGACUGCUAAAGUUGCCCAGUAGAAUAUAAAAAUGUCAAAAAUUCGUGCAUUUAAUGUGGUCCUCAUUAAUUAUUUUGUGGAUCAUCUAAUCCUUAAGAUUAUUGUUACGUGGGUUUUACUUAAAUUGGUUCUGAUUGCAUCUGCGAACUUCCAAAAUAAAUUUAUAACAAAUGGUGUACACAACUCACAGAUUUGGUAUAUGAGGCAAGUUACUAAAAUGGAGAAAUAAUUGCUUCUUUUAGUGUAAAUAUAACAUUAGGUGAUAGCGGAAUAACAAUUUAUUCUAACUCAAACUGUGGAUUUCUAACAAAUUUUUUAACGGACUAUGGUGGAUAGUCAAUAAUUUAGUGCGCAUUAAACUCUUAAAAUAGAAAUCAGUUCCAUAUAAGCUUGAAUAAUACCAGCUUAGACUAAAAGAUUUAUGAGAUAAUACCUUAAUUUAACUAUUCUUAGAUCUACGCUGUAGAUAAUAAUUUAAAUUAGUACUAGGCUACUUCAAUAACAUAUUAAAAUUAGCAAUUAAGCUCUUUAAAGUAAUUUGUAUAUUACUAAAUAAAUGAUUUUUCAAACCCAUAAUGCUAUUUUGAAUAUCCAGCUUAUUAUUACUAAUCAAUUAAUGAUAAUUACUCUGUUAAAUCAAGCUAAUUUAUAUAAGAAAACAACUAUUUUACUAAUGCUAAUCCUUAAUUUUCUAUUUCAUCAUCUAACUUAUUAUAAUCAAACGACUUAUAGUAAAUAAAUUAAGGUUUUUCCACCUUUCCUUCAUAUGAUGUUUAGCUACCUAUAUAGUUUGCUAAUACAGGUACUUCAAUCACAAUUGAUGUGACCUGCUUAUUUCCUUAUAACCUAAUCUCUUCUUCAGUUGUUACAUUCACAACAGAGAAUUCUGUUAAUACAAAAUGCAAGACUUAUAUUAUUAAUAAGAAAAAUCUUGUAAAUUCAGACUAAAUUUUGAUAUCAGUUGAUUGCAGCUUUAAUGAUUUCACAGCUAACCAAUAAACACCAAUAUCGUUUCAAUACAAUAUUACAUAAUAAAAUUAUGCAAACUCAUAAGUAGCAAGUUAAAAUGCAUAUUAAGCUUACUAAACAUCCUAUUAAUCAUAUAAUUUAUCACCUUAAAUCGUAUAUAGCUAAUCUUUUGAUUUAUAGAUAAGCUAGUUUCCUUACACAAUCACAAUACCUCCUUAUACUUUUUAACCUGGCAAAUAUUAUUUUUAGGGAGUCCCUAUUUACUCAUCUGUCUAAGGAGUGAGCAAUUUAAUUACCUUGAAUAUUUCAAAGGCGCCUCUUAUUGUGUAAAUUAUUGGUGGGACUUAAGUUGGUCUUGAUCCAAGAAUACCUCUAUAAAUUUAAGGAUAUGUAAACAAUCCUGCUAUUCAAUCUUAAGAUCCUUCUUAGUAUACUUAUAAUUGGAGUUGUAUUGAUUUAAACUUAAAUAAACAAUGCUUAGAUAGCUAGUCAAAUGUUGUAAAUUUUCCUUCAACUUAAUUUAUUACCAUAAACUCAGAAGUUUUUGAUUUUGGAGGGUCUUAUUAAAUUACCUUAACAGGAGGUUACUAAAGUACUUAAGAAUCAGGUACUGAUGUUGUAAUUUUUAAAACUAAGCCUGCAAUAAUAUCUGUAUAGUACGAUCAAAGCUAUGAUCUUGGAAAUUUAAAUCCAAGCCUAACUUAAAAAUUUCUACUUUCAUAUUCAGAUUCCAAUAUACUAUUGUCUUCUAAUAUUACUAAUUCAUACACUAAAACAUAUUAAGACUAAACAAUAUUUUUUCCCUAGCAAAGAGAAACGACUAUAUAUUCUUAAAUUAACUACCUUAUACCUGAUUAAAUUCUUGCUUCUUCUUUUGUUUUCUACUAUAGAUUUUAUGCUUUUAAUUAAAAGAAUUAAACAGUUGGAUAUAGCAAAAGAUAUUACUUCUAGACUGCUAGUCCUCCACAAGGUUGCUAAAUUAAUUUUAAAACUCCAAUAACUGGAAAGGAAGUUGCAUUCGUAGAUUUGAUUUCAUUAUCGAUAGAUAAUUGCCAGAGCUCCGAUAAUUCUCAACUCAUUUACUAAUUUUUAUACUACAACUCAGCUUAACUGAUAAACUAAGAAGGAGUUCUACCUGAUACUUUAUAUAGAUAAUACUUAAAUAAAUUUAGCUCAAACAAUACUAUUUCCACUUAUUUACCUCCUGGUAAUAUUGUUUUUGUGGUACUAGUGUAAGACUAAAGUGGAGUUCAAGCUCAAUUUUAAUAAGGAAUUACAAUUCUACAAAAUGACUUUGGUGAAUAAUAACAUGAAGCUUUUAUUACUAAAAUGAGCAACCAAGCGUAGAAUUAUAUGGAUUAACAAGAAUAUGAAAAUGAGCUUUGCACAUUUGGUAUUGUGGUAGAAUGUAUUCACAAUUUUGAAAGUUCUAAUCCAGAUAUUGUACCGACUACUCUUAUUAAUAAUUUCAAAUAUAAUAUGAAAAAUUAACUUCUAAUUCUCCCAAACUUGAUACCUAAUGAUAUAUUUUCUCAAUCUCUUUAGGAAUUCAAUUUUAGAUGCUUGUUAAAUCUCUAUCUUACAAGAAAUAGUCCUGAUUAUUAAAAUUUAACAUAGAGAAUUUAAGAUGUUUAAAAUGUAGUUUAGCAGAUAACUUAGGUUAUUUAACAUCUCAAUCUAACUCAAGAUUUAAGAGAAACCUAUAAAAGGUCAAUGUUAAUUUUAUGCAACAUAACUGGUUAGAUAAUUGAAAUGCAAUCUUUUAGUUAUUCUCCCUCUUUGUAGUGGAGCCAAGAUAGAAUCAAUAAUUUUAUCUAUAUAUAAGAUGCUAUGUCAUUUGUCCUUUAAGAUAACUAGAAAAUGAUCUCUUGGGAUAUGCCUGAAACGCUAAUCUAAGCUCAAAGAGUUGAUGAAUUUAAUCUAUUUAAAAAUUAUUUAAAUUAUGAUCAACAACUCUAUGAUGAAAAAGAUUUUAAUCUAAAUAAAAUAUAUUACGUUUAAAUGCAAUACUGGAAAACGAAUAUUUACUCAUUUGAUUAACAAUUUAUUGACUAAUACAACAGCUUCCUUUCUUUAACGAACUCUCAAAACUUGAAGUAUGCACUUUAAUAAGUAUAUCCAGCUAUAUAUCCAAACAUUACCUUAGUUUCUUCUAAUAGAAGGCACUUACAACAGCAGCUAACUUUAAAUUAAACAACCCUUAUUAAAAUGAAAUUCUCAAAUCUGUAAGGGAAUAAAAAAGUUGCUUGCGUUUAGAGAAGUGAAGACAGUAGAUGGAGUAAAUCUACUUGCACUACUCAAACCACUAAUCAAGGAGACUCCUUUUCUGUGACAUGUUCUUGUUCUCAGGUGCACUACACAUCGCUAGUAGCUGAUGUUGAAGCUCUAUUUAAUAACUAAAAUUUGUAGGCUAUUUUUAGUGAGUAAGGAUUCAAAUCAAUUAUCAACAUGAGUAAUUGGUAUAAAUAUGCUUGUAUUUAUAUUCUCAUAGUUUUGAAUAUAUUAAUGGUAGUAAGUAUCAUUAUUGGAAUAAAGCUAGAUAAAAUCAAUAUUUAUAAAAGCUAAGUAUGUACAUUAGGAAGAAGUAGAGCAAUAUUUGAUUAAAGUACUAAGAUAUAAGUCAGUAAAUACAUAGCUUACUUAAAUGCUUAACUAACUUUAGAAAAUCAAUAGCUUGAAAAUGCUGCUACUAAACCAGAAAGUUCAGACAAUAAUAACUAAAUUUAAUAAAAACUAGAAAAUUAAAUUUAAGAAGUAAAUUAUGUUGGUGAAUCUUAAAUAUGUAAAGAUUAUCCAACGAUUUAAGCAGAUACACAAGUUCAGUAAUAGGUAUAAUACCAGUAAAUUUAAAAACAAGAGUUGUAACAAGAAACAGAUUAAUAGCAAAAUUAAAAUCUAGGAUUUUAUUAAUAUCCAUAAAUCAAGCUGUAAGAGAAAGAAAAGAAUGAUAAUUGUAAUUAAAUAGUUACUAGUAGUGAAUACAAUCCAAAUACUCAGUAUAGGAUAAACUAUUAAGAGUGCUAAAAUCACGAAACUCAUAUAUUUAACAUUUUAGAAUCGAUAAAAAAAUAAUAAAGUAUUUUAUAUGAUAAAAGUGGCACAGAAAAUUAAACUUAAGGUUAAUCAAGGAUUUAAGAAAUAGUGGAUUUGCUUGAAUUUUAGAAAGAAAAUAGAUAACUCCAAAUAAGAUAAGGCGCUUCUUAAAAUUGCUAAAUAUUUGAUACAAUUUAGACAGAUGUAUGCUUGAAAUGUUUUGAUAAAUUUAUACUUCCAGAUUGUACAAGCUGUCCUGUUGGUUAUCAAACUAUCAAUAAUCUAUGCGUAUAAUGUGGUUCAAACUAAUUAUUCUGUGGGUCAGAAAACUAGAAUGAUUAUUGCUAUCAAGGCUUUACUAAAAUAGGAACAGAUUGUGCGUAGUGGUGUACAUAACUUACUAAUGUCAUUUACUAAGCUGAAUAUUCUUAAGGGUAAGUGACUGUCACCUUCAGCGCAAAUAUCACUUUUGGGGGCUAAUCAGAUUUUACUCCCUCUAAUUCAAAUUGCUUAAAUUAUUUAACAAAUUUUUCUACUGAUUAUUAAAAUAAUCAAAUUAUAGAAUGCUCCCUCGAUUCACAAUUUAAUAAUCUAUUUCAUAUCAAUGUUUAACAGACUGACUUAACAUAAGGAGUCUAUAAAAUAAUACCUGAAUUUAAUUAUUAAUAAAUUUUUGUUAUUGAUAAUCUAAAUAAAAAAAUUCCAGCUUCUUCAAUCACAUACUAAAAUCUGUAAUUGACUGGAUAAUCUUAAUAUGUUUAUCAUGGAAUCAACAAUUUUACAACUCCACAAUCUUAUUUUACAAACUCUAAUUAUUAUUUUUAUCCUCAUGAUGACAAUUACAUCAUAAAUCCAUCUUUAUAGUUUGUGCAAAAGAAUAAUUACUUCACUAAUUCUCAACCUACUGUACAGAUAGUUAAAUCUUCAGGACUUUCAGAUACUGAUAUUUAUUCGAUUUAGCAAAAUUUACAUUUAUUUCCUAGCCAAAGUAUUGAACUUCCCAGUAGUAGUUUUGGAGAAAUUGGAGCUUCUCUUACUAUUUCAGUUGUAAGUCCUUAUCCCUACAACAUGAUAUCUUCUUCUACAGCUUCAUAUACAACAGAAUAAUCUAUUUUCACUAAUUGCACAGGUUCAAUUUUGAAUACAACUCCUCUUACAAAUGCUGAUUAAGUUUAGUUAUCUGUCAAUUGCAAUUUUAAUGAUUUCUAAGCUAAUCCUUUAACUAGUAUUACAUUUUCCUACGUAAUUACAAAUAAAACAAAUGGGAAUCUUAUAAAAUAGAGUUCCCUAUAAAUUUAGCAAUUUCCUUACACACUAACUUUAGAUUCAUUUCUUUUCAAUGAAGGAGAGUAUAAUUUUUUUGGAGUACCUAAAUAUAGUUCUGUCUAAGGUUAUGGGUUUAAUCUACCUUUAAUUAUUAAAAGAAAGAAUAUGGUAGUUUAAAUAGUUGGAGGGGCAAAGAAUUAAAUAGAUCCUAGACAAGCUAUAACAAUAUAUGCAUAAAUUAGUGAUCCUGCAAUUUAAAAUCAAGACCCAACAUAAUAUAUUUAUACCUGGAGUUGUUUUGAUCUUGUUUUGAAUCAAAAUUGUUAAGGUGUCUGGUUUAAUUAAAUUAAUUUUUCUUAAACUUAGUCUAUUACUAUUAUGCCUGAAGUUUUUGAUUUUGGUGGAUCUUAUCAAAUAACAUUAAUAGGAAGUUAUUCAGGAACAAUAGAUAGUGCUACUGAUAUUGUGAUUUAUUAAACUUUACCAGCCACUAUUGGAGCAAAUUAUGAUGCAAGUUAUGACUAAAAGCAAUUAAAUCCUAAUUAGCUACUAUAAUUUGCUUUAAAUUAUAAUGCUAGAAACUCUAAUCUGUAAUAAAGCUUAAAUUACACUUAUAGUAAAACAUAUUAAUCUUCAACAUUAACUUUUUAAUCUCAGAGAGAAACAACAAUAUUCUCUUAAAUUAAUGAACAAUUACCAGAUUCUUUAUUAUCCUCAUCAUUCAAGCUUUACUAUAGAUUCUAUGCUAUCAACUAAAGUAAUAAACAGGUGGCUUUUAGUAAGAGAUAUUACUUUACAACAGCUCCUCCACCAUAUAAUUGCUAAAUAAUUUUUAGCACUUAAAUAAGUGGAAAUGAAGUUGCUUUUGUGGAUUAAAUAUCUUUACAAGUUAAUAACUGCCAAAGCAAUAAUAAUUCCUAAUUAUAUUAUUAAUUUUUAUAUUAUAAUCAAGCGGAAUAAUUGAACAAAGAGCAAUAAUUCCCUAACAUUUAUUAUAGAUAAUAUUUAAGUAAAUUUAGUACUGUUAAUUCAAUUACUACAUUCCUACCACCUGGGUAAAUUGUUUUUAUAGUUCUUGUCAAAGACUCCAAUGAUAUAUAAAUAAGGUAUUCAAAUCCCAUAACAAUCAAAUAAAAUUCUUUUAAUUAGCAACAAUAUGAAUCAUUUUUGACUAGUUAGAACUAGCAAGCUUAAAAUUUUCAAUCUAAUUCGGAAUUUGAGGAGCAACUUUGCUCUUAUGGAAUGAUGAUUUAAUGCAUAUAAAACUUUGAAAAUACAAACUCUAAUGAAUAACCUUCAAAGUUUGUUUCUGAAGUAAAAGAAAAUAUGAAAAAAUAAUUACUCAAUUUACCAAAUUAGAUAAGUAAUGAUUCUAUGUCUUAAUCGCUUUAAGAAUUUGAUGUUAGAUGCUUACAAAAUUUAUAUAAUACAAAAAACAGUCCUGAUUCUGAAAACUAAGUAAACAGGCUAAAUAAUCUUGAAAGUUUACUUAACCAGAAUACUUAAAUAAUGAAUUAACUUAAACCCUUUACCUAAGAUUUAAGAGAGACUUAUAGAAGAUCGAUGUUGAUUAUGCUUAAUAUGGUAGGAACAACAAUGGAUACUUUAACUUCUACAGUUUAUAAUAAAACAUCAAUAGAAUGGAAUAAACGUAGAAUGGAUGAUAUUUUUUUAAUUUAGGCUAAUAUAGCUUUGACUUUCUAUGCUAAUUAACCAAAUAUUUUAUGGGAUACUCCUCAAGUUAAAGUUUUUGUACAAAAAAUAGAUGAAGUGAAUCUAUUUUAAAAUUAUUUAAAUUUAGACAGUCAAAGUCAAGAAAAUACAUAGCCUGAUUCAAAUAAUAUUUAUAAUUUAUAAAUUUAAUACUGGAAGACUAACAUUUAUAGCUUUGAGUAGGCAUUUAUUGAAUAGUACUAAAAAUAUCUUUUACUUACUAAUUCUUAAAACCUCAAAGACCAGCUAUAACAAACUUUUCCAGCUAUCUAUCCUAAACUUGGAAUUGCUUCUUCAUCUAGAAGGUUACAAUAAUAAGAUAACGAUAUAGAUUUACCUGCACCCAUAAAUUUAUAGUUCUAAAACAUGAAAGGAAAUAAUAGAGUAGUUUGCACUUAAAGGUAAGAAGAUGGCAGCUGGGUAAAAUCUUUUUGUACAUCUAAAACAGUUAAAUAAGGAGAUACAUUUUCAACUACUUGCACUUGUUCUAAACCUAAUUAUACAACUUUAAUCGCUGAUGUUGACUCUUUAUUUGACAAUUAAAAUUUGUAAAAUAUUUUUAGUCAACAAGGAGUGAAGUAAAUUAGUAGUCUAAAGGACUGGUAUAAAUAUGCUUGCAUUUAUAUAUUAAUUUUAAUAAACAUUUUGAUGAUUGGUAGCUUAAUUUUUGGCUGCAGAUUAGAUAAAGCAGACUUAAAUAAUGUUUUUAUUGGAAUUUCUACUAUUGGAAAAAGUACUACUAUCUAAGAGGACAGUUAGAAGAAGCUUACAAAUAGUUAAAAAUAAGAAGUGAAUUUAAAUCAAAAAAACAACACACCCAAAUAAGAUGAUCAUACUUAAUUAAAUAUAAAUUAGAAUAAUAAUUAAUUCAGUCCAACAUCAAAUUAAUAGACACCUCAAGCUACUCAUAUGCUCUAGUCCUCCAAUCUUCUAAAUAAUAAACAUAAAUAAGAUAAUUAAUAUAAUGAAACGUAAACAGAAGGGAAUAAUUUUUAAAGAUUAGAUCAUUCUUUAUAGAUUAAAAUAGAUAUGAGAGAACAUUUUAACUAAUAAAAUCAAAACACAUUAACUAAGACGGAAGCUGAGACAAAUGUGUAAAUUUUUUUAGGAUCUGAAGUAGAAACAAAUAAAAGUAGUGAAAAUAAUCCUUAUGAUUAGUACAGAAUAAAUUAUUAAGAAUGCUAAAAUCAUGAUCAACACAACUUUGCAAUAUUCGAAGAUUUCUUAAAUCAAAAAGUUAGUCCAUAAAGUGAUGAGGAACAAUAAAAAAAUCAAGCUAAAUUAACAAAAUAAUAAACAAAAUAAAUGAAUAAACAGCUAAAAUAAUUAAAAAAUUCAGAAAUCCAACAAAAAUCCUAUAAUUAUUUGUCAACUAUUUCAGUGAUUAGAGGAAUUUGUAUUUUCCAUGACAUAAUUUAAAUAUUCAUCAUUUUUGAUAAAAGUCAAUCUCGCUUAUGUAGAUUAAGUAUAUUUUAUAACUAAUUAAUAUGGCUCUUGACUAUAAACUCUGUGUUUGAAUAGGAUUUAUCAAUGGAUAAAUUGUUUGUCUUAUCAAUAAUAGCUUCUACAUUAUUUGGAAUAUUCAAAGUAAUUUUGAAAUUUGCAUUAAAUAAGAAAGUGUUUAAAUUUAUUGGUUACUUUUUGAUAUUUUGCUUCUUGAUUUUCUGCUACUAUUCCAUACUUGUUGCUAUGUCUAAUUAGUCUCCAUCAGACUCUAAUAUUUGGAUAGAAAAUUAUUUGAUUACUUUAGCAAUAGAUUUAUUAAUUUGGAGUACUAUUUCAUCUUUUUUAAAGUAUUUAGUUACUCUUAAAUUGCUACAAACAUUUUAAAUUACUCAUUUUAUCUACAAAUUUACAAGUGCUAAUGCUAUUUUCAGUGUCUAUGAAUGA